GGGUAAGCCAGUUGGACUCAGGAGGGAGACAAGCCAAUCGCAGCGGUCCCAUAGAGGGCGAGAGACUACAGUUUCCCUGCAUCGACUGUCCCCACAACCAAUAGAAAACAGGCCAGGGUGCCUUGGACCGGUCAUCCCAGCAUGAGAUUCCUAAGAAAGAGGAAUUACAUGGAUUUGAAAGGGAAAGAUGGCUCGGGAUAUGUCAGACAUUGACAUCCUUAAGAUGGAGUUGGAACAGCUGAAGAAAGAGGUCUCAACACCCAGGGAGCCUGUGUCCAAGACAUCCAAGGACAUCAUGGAGUGGUGUGAGGCUGCGUCUGGUACCGACCUCCUGAUAACAGGAGUACCAGAUGAUAAGAACCCCUACAAGCCUGAGAAGGGAGGCUGCAUAAUCACCUAGCUCGCCUGGGGACAAACAGCCCCAGGUGGGACACAGGGAAAAACAUCAGAUUUAUUUGUCAGUUUCAGGCUUUUCAGCACUGUAAAGAGUGGUACAUAGCUGCAUUAAGUUAGCCAUGUGUUCCCAUGUGACUAUAACAAGAGAGACUUCCACUAGGUUAGCCAGUUUUGGACAACACAACAUUGCACACUGACUGGGCUACACAAAGGUCACCUCAGGUCACUUGGAGCUGAGGAGAAGGAGAUUUAUCCGGGGACGGUUCAGGGGAUUGGAGGGAUCACUUGGUUACGAUGGUGUCCUUCCUUUCUCUUUGACGAUCUAUGACCCUACCCUCCUCACCUGUCAGUUAUCUCUGGCGGUUCUAGAGCUUCCAAACAGGCUCCGGAAUGUUCCAAGUGCACCCACUACUGACCUGGUUUUGUUUUGCUUGUAAAUAAAGUGUAUCCAGUACAGCA